UGCACAUUCGGUUGCGCGAAUAGUUGUUAUCGUAUUAGGCUCCAUUCAUUGGUGUUGWUGUUCGUACAAAUCGCGACGUUUAUGCUUAACCUUAAUUGAAGUGAUACAUUUCCAGGCGUUUACAUAAUUUAUACAUUUGAUAUAUAUUUACUUAUAAUUAAAAAUACGUGAGUGCGUAUUUACAUACAUUGUUUGUGUUGUGUAUCACCUAAUACAGUUGCAUCAGUCUCGGAGACUUGAAUGCAUCUUUAAAGGGACAGAACAAGCUGAAAGUCAAUCAUGGAGAUCUGCGGUUUAAUUGAUAUAAAAGUACCGGCCAAAGGUAGAAAAUUCGGUUCAUGGAAGGCGUGGAAAAGCCAAUGGUGCGAGGUACUUAAAAAUGAAAAUUGUAUGAUCAUCAACAUUGGACAUAGUAAGGGACAUGUCAACUCGUGUUUAGCAAUACCUAACAACGCAAUCAUCUAUAGAAUUAAAUCCAGGACUAAAGCUUACGGUUUUGGAAUAUUUAAUGCAGGACAAAAGGAACAACAACCUUGUAUUUUUCUUGCUGGAAAAUCAGAAACAGAGUCACAAAAAUGGAUGAAAGCUAUAAGAGAUGUCUUAAAACCACCAACAAAUAUAAAGACAACAAACGAGUAUACUGUAUCGAUAAUUGACAACGAACAUUCUAAAACAGCUGGUUUAACCGGCCUGUAUGGUACUCUAUCUGUAAAGUCAGAGGAAAUAUUAGUAACAGACCCUCACACUGGAAAAAUCAAAGUAACACUCCAUUGGACACAAAUACAAUGUAGUUACUUACCUCUGCCAGCCGUAUCAGACGAUUUACAUAGAGUGUGCACAAUACGCACCAACAGCAAGUUCAAAGCGGGCGAUGGUGACCUGGAACUGUAUUGCACCGAAGCCGACGAGUUACAUAACGAGCUGCUGUCGUGUCCGCGACCGUUGCCCAGGAUCGCCACCACGCCGUUGCCACCCACGCCCAGAGACUGCAGACAGACGAGCUACGACCAUUGGUCCAACGCCAACGCCGACUCUCCUUCGACGACGCCGCCUCGGCGUCUGCUGGAGUCCAGACGAAUGAGCAGGAGCGAAGGCGAUCUAAAAAAGUUCGUCAUGCAACAAUCCGUUACUGCCAUGCGGUCGGCCGGCUCACAACAACACCUCGUACUCAUGCCCCGGUCAAACGGUUUGGCGCAAAAGAGUUCGUCGCACUACCUGUUGACCAGUGUGGGAUUGUUGUUGGCCACACCAGGAUACAGUGAACCCAACUCGAUGCAAGACUUGCGACUGAUCGACCAACACCUGCUCAGUACACGUUUACAAGGAAUAGUGGACGAAGAGAUCGCGGGCGCUGAAGGGAAGAGUGAGGAAGACGAAGAUUACGAAGACAUGUUACACAUGAAUGUCGAACAGACGAACGAUGCACCGCCGCCAUUACCGCCGAGACAGUUGAAAUAUGUCACCAUGGCCAAUUUGGGAGGAAAUAACAAACUAUACAUUUCCGGACCAGUACCUAUAUGAUAUAUACACUCAAGCAUAUGUAUGUGUACUAUUUAUGUAUAUAUAGAUAAAAAGUAAAUACACCAUACCUAUAUAGUAAAUAAGUCCAUAGGUACAUU